CGUGUUGUGAAUGACAUUCUACAAAAACUAAACUAAAAUCAGUGAUAACACGUGAUCGGAUUAUUGUCGAGACCUGUUGGGCAUUUUAAGCAAUCUAUGAAUCUAUCUCAAUAUUUCGCAGAAUCUAACGUAUUGAACAAACUUUGAAAUUAACUUAAAAAUAAUCUAAGUGAUAUAUUAUAAUUCUGAGUCGUGGUUGGUUGUUGCGGAUUAAAGCAACUUUUUUGUUUUAUAAAAUGCCAAAAAUAAAAAAAAAUAUUGAAAAUUUAAAACACCCUAACAGUCGCAAAAUGAUGUCUUUAGCAAAGAAAAUUAAUAAAGAAGAGAAGAAAAAUAAUAAUAAACUUGGAACCCACAUUAAACAAAACUUAAUUGGAGAAAAGAUAAUGUGGUUUAAAGACAGGCUUCCUGUAGGAUGCCAGGUGUUAACUAGGCAACAAACAUUUGAACUUAUUGAGAGUUAUUUGGGGCGUUUUAAUGAAGAACUAGAACAAAUAGCUUUAAAAAAUUCAGUAGGUCAAAGGAAAAACCGCCAGCAUGCUAGUCGAGAAGAUGUCUUAAACAUAACUAAAAAACGAGAAAUUGAAGAGUUUGAAACAUGUGGCCUGGAAAUGCCAGAUUUAAUGGAUAUACAUCAGAUGGAAGUAUUAAGAAAUUGGAAUGGAGAGUUAAGGUUCUUGCAACACUUUAAACUGCGUAGGUAUGCCAGAAAACACCUUACAUAGCACUAAGAAUAUAAUUUUAAUAUAUAAUAAUAAACAUCAAUAAACGAGUUUUUCUUUUUUACCAAUAACCAACCUAUUUGAAUAAAUCACAUUAUUGUGAUCUCUGAGAGAUGUGUGCAUAAAAUAGUAAAUAUGACUUUCUUAACUCUUAAUAUCACAGUAAUAAAAAAUUAUCAUUGA